AUGUUGGGCUGGAUAGUGAUUCUGUGCUUGUGGACCAGCUCCUGCGCUGCCGAACAUCUGGAGUACUCGGAGUUUGAGGAGACGGAGCAUGGCAAGAUUGUGGGGAACGUUGCCACCGACUUAGGGCUGGCAGCCGGCACGCUCAUUUUCCGGAAAUUUCGCCUUCUUUCCAGCAACGGUGAGCCCUACUUUGGGGUGGAGCUGGGCAGCGGCAGCUUGUUUGUCCGGGAGCCGGCCGAUCGCGAGCGGAUCUGCGGAGCCAAGCCUACCUGCAUUCUCAACUAUGAGCUAGUGCUCAAAGACCCACUGGAGCUUCACCGGAUGAGUGUCCACAUUCUGGACCUUAAUGACAACCCGCCUCGCUUCCCCGAAGGCGAGGUGCGGCUUUACUUAGCAGAGUUCCUGGUGCCGGGAGCCCGCUUCACACUUCCCAACGCCCAGGAUGCAGAUGAAGGAACCAACGGGUUACUGAGCUACUCGCUGAGUCCUAGCGAGCACUUCCAACUGGAGAUGGGGACUCGUUCUGAUGGCAGCGAGUAUCCCGAGUUGGUGCUGGAGAAAUCGUUGGAUCGCGAGCAGUGCGCCACCCACAGGCUGGUGCUGACUGCUCGGGAUGCGGGUCAGCCUAAUCGUUCCGGGUCUGUCCAGGUCACAGUCACCGUUGUGGACACCAACGACAACGCACCUGUGUUUCAGCGCUCAGUUUACCGGGCCAGUGUUCCAGAGACAGCGCCCAACGGGACUGUGCUGAUUCGAGUGCAAGCCUCGGACCCCGACGAGGGUCCCAACGGGGAGGUCCGGUACAUCUUUAGCAAUAGCACUCCAACAGAGCUGAGACACCAGUUUCGAGUGCACUCCCAUAGCGGGGAGGUGAGUGUGGUGGCGCCACUUGGGCCAGCUGACAAAUUGCUGGAGUUAUUCAUCGAGGCGCGAGACGAGGGAGCGUUCAGUUUAGCCAGCACUGCCAAGUUGCUGGUGGAAGUGAUCGACGUGAACGACCACGCCCCAGAGGUGAGCAUCACCUCACUCUCCAGUCCCGUGUCCGAGGACGCGCCUCCAGGCACUGCGAUUGCCCUGUUGAGUGUCCAAGACGAAGAUCGGGGUCCCAAUGGAAGGGUAACCUGCAACAUCCAAAGCAACGGCCCCUUCCAGCUACGCCCUUCCUUCGACAACUACUACAGCUUGUUAACUGAUGGGCCUCUAGAUCGGGAACAAAUUAGUGAAUACCAAGUCACGGUCGUAGCUUCCGACGGCGGCUCUCCCUCUCUAAGCACGCGCAGGACAGUGACGGUGCUCGUGGGGGAUGUGAAUGAUCACGCGCCGAGCUUUCCUUUGCCGCAGCAGGAGUUCUUCGUGGCGGAAAACAAUGGAGCUGGGGCCUCGCUGGGUCGCGUGUUCGCCCAGGACCCGGACCUGAACCAGAAUGGCCUUGUGUCCUAUCUGCUGCGGGAUCUUCACUCAGACAGGCCGCUGGCCUCCAGUCUGGUAGAGGUGGAGCGGACAAGCGGAGCCAUCACUGCCAAAACUUCCUUUGACUUCGAGCAGCUCAAGGGAUUUCACUUCGUGGUGGAAGCCAUGGACGGCGGCAUUCCUGCCAGGAGCACAGAGGUGAAGGUCAGCGUGUUCGUCGUGGACAGAAAUGACAAUCUCCCAGCUAUCCUGUAUCCUCUGGUCAGAAAUGGCUCGGUCCCAGUAGAAAUUGUGCCUCGUCAGGCCAAAACGGGGUACUUGGUCACCAAAGUAGUAGCUGAGGAUGCGGACAGUGGACCAAACGCUUGGCUUUCCUACCAUGUCCUGCAAGCUUCGGACCUGAGCCUUUUUUCUGUCUCCCCUAACACAGGAGAGCUCCGGACCCGGCGCUCCAUUCUGCCGACAGAUGCAGUAAAACAGAAGUUGGUGAUCGUGGUUCGGGACCACGGGGAUCCUCCCCUCUCCUCCUCCAUCACUUUGGGUGUACUGUUGAUAGAUUCUCCCCCACAGGUCAUUCCUGACUUCAAGGACGGGUGGGAAACACGCGGGCAGCUUUCGACCCCUAAUUUAUAUUUAGUGAUAGCCCUUGCGUGCAUUUCCUUUUUGUUUCUGGGGUGUUUAAUCUUCUCCAUUUGCAUCAAGUGGAACCAGGGUCAAUCUUGCCGCUCUCAUAGCUGCUGCCCUGCGCACUGUUGUUCCCCAGAGUCAUAUCUAUAUCGAAAGAAGAUGCCUCAGAACCCUGGCCUAACGUCUGCCACCAUUGACGUCACUGCAGUGGGGAGGCUUUCUCAAACCUACCUCUACCAGGCUUCUCUGGGGCUUGGUUCCAGCAAUAACAAUUUAUUGCUGCGUGGAGAAUACAGUACAGCAGACCUAAGGAAUCUUGUCAAUGGGGUUGGAUUGAAUUUGCCAAUAUCCUGUAUUCAGAUUCGAAACAGAAAAGGGGAACAUGCAAAUGACAGAGCUAUGCCUCGUCAACCACCCCCUCUCUGGGAGUCCCCUCUCUCCCUACCAGCAGGAGUUUAUAGCUCUGUGCACCUGGAAGAAGCGGGCAUCUUGCGGGCAGGGCCAGGAGGACCGGAUCAGCAAUGGCCAACUGUAUCCAGUGCAACACCUGAACCUGAAGCAGGAGAGGUGUCUCCCCCUGUAGGAGCUGGUGUCAACAGCAACAGCUGGACCUUUAAAUACGGACCCGGCAACCCCAAGCAACCUGGCCCUGGUGAGUUGCCAGACAAAUUCAUUAUCCCGGGAUCUCCUGCAAUCAUCUCCAUCCGGCAGGAGCCACCCAACAACCAAAUUGACAAAAGUGACUUCAUUACCUUUGGGAAAAAGGAGGAGACCAAGAAGAAGAAGAAAAAGAAGAAGGGCAACAAGACCCAAGAGAAAAAAGAGAAAGGGAACAGCACCACUGACAACAGUGACCAGUGAGGGAUCCAAUGGAACAAAGCCACUUAGCCAGUUUUGUAAUAAUGGCAAAUCUCUCUUAUGUAGCAACUCCUGACUCUUUCCUCCUGUCCACACCAGUCCUAUCUGUACAGAUCUCAGAAAUCAACAGAAAGUUUCCGGUGUCUAUCUAGAUCACAUAUAAACAGGUUUUGUCUUGAAAGCUUUACUCAAUCUGAUGUUAACUCUUUCUCUCCACUCUGGCUUGUUUUCAGAACCUAAAAAGCAGACCCAAGUUUCCUUUCUCCUCCGCCGCAAAGGAGAGGCCUCCCAGCCC